UGUUUGAGGAAAUGAAAACUCAUUUUUUUACCUGCUCUCUGAUCUGCCGGUUCCGGCACCUCGGGGUCACUAUUACGGCAAUACUGUAUUCCUGUUAGCUGCGUUGUUAGUCACCUUAUAAAAAAAGGACAAACAUAGGUGUCAUUGUCUUUCAGAGGGAUUGUGAAAGAUGGGCAGAAUAUCAAAGGAUUUAAAGAAACAUUGGACCAAUAGACUGAAAUGGCCACAAUAGUCCAGUCCAGAGUGAGAUGACAAGGAGUCUUUGAUGGCCCAUGCCCCUCUUGGAGUGAAGGGCAUGGAUAAAUGGACAACACGUGACCGGAAUUCCUCUUUAGCGCGACCCUGUAGAUGCUGCCAGCAAACAAAUAUGGAGGACAUACGCGCUCAGAUGUCCUUCUUUUCCAGCCCGGUGUACAGUCGAUACUGGCAGCACUACCAGCAGGCGAUGGCGUGGCAGCAGAGGCACAGGCGAGCUUACCAAAAGGCCCUAGAGGCCGCUUACGGCCCCUUCCACCGCCCCCAGCAGCAUCCCGACACCCAAGAGCGCUACGCUGACUGGCACGCCAGCAAAAGUGACAGCGAAGAAGAAGAGAGCCGCUCGGACUGCGAGAUUGAAUGCGACGUCAGCAACAUGGAGAUCAGCGAGGAGCUCCGGCAAUAUUUUGCCCAGACGGAGAAACACAGAGCAGAGUUAAGGAAGCAGCAGCAAAUUGAAGCAGAGCGACACGACAGCUACGUCCCGGCCGACCAGGACCUGCGCCGCGUCUCCUGGCGAACCAGUGCGGGCCCGCCCUGCGAGCGGCCGGGCGAGAGGCGUCGGGCUGAGAUGAAGAAGCUGUAUGGCGAGGACGCCGCCAAGAUCCUGGCCAUGGAGACGUCCAUGCAGCUCACUUUUGACAGGAACUGUGACCUCAAGCAGCCCAAGUACUGGCCUGUCAUUCCUCUCAAGCUUUAGCAGUCAGACUAGGCUGUGGAGGUUUUAAAAAAAAAAUUAGGCACAUUAAAAGCACCAGUUUUUAAUUAAUUAACAGCCCUUAAAGGCCUACUGAAAUUAGAUUGUCUUAUUUAAACGGGAUAGCAGGUCCAUUCUUUGUGUCAUACUUGAUCAUUUUGCGAUAUUGCCAUAUUUUUGCUGAAAGGAUUUAGUAGAGAACAUCCACGAUAAAGUUUGCAACUUUUGGUCGCUAACAGAAAAGCCUUGCCUGUACCGGAAGUCGCAGACAAUGACGUCACCCAUUGAUGGCUCCUCACAUCCUCAUAUUGUUUACAAUGGAAGCCUCCAACCCGGACUGAGAAAACGACAAUUCCCCUAUUAAUUUGAGCUACAAUGAAAGAUUUGUGUUUGAGGAUAUUGAUAGCGACGGACUAGGAAAAAAAAAAUCAAGUUAAAAAAAACAACUCUAUUGCAUUGGGCCGGAUUCCGAUGUUUUUAGACACAUUUACUAGGAUAAUUCUGGGAAAUCCCUUAUCUUUCUAUUGUGUUGCUAGUGUUUUAGUGAGCUUAAUAGUACCUGGUAGUCGGAAGGGUGUGUCCACGGGUGUGUCGACGGCAGCUGUACGGACGGCACAAGCUCAGCUGAUCUCCGGUAAGUGGCGACUUUUUACCACAAUUUUCUCACCGAUCACUUCUGGUUGACAUUUGGUCGGGAUCCAUGUUCGCUUGACCGCUCCGAUCCAUAGUAAAGCUUCACCUCCGGGAAUUUAAAACAAGGAAUCACCGUGUGUUUGUGUGGCCAAAGGCUAAAGCUACCCAACUCCAUCUUUCUACUUUGACUUCUCCAAUAUUAAUUGAACAAAUCGCAAAAGAUUCAGCAACACAGAUGUCCAGAAUACCGUGUAAUUAUGCGGUUAAAGCAGACGACUUUUAGCUGUGUGUGUGUGCAGCGGUAAUAUUUCCUAACAGUCCAUGACGUCACACGUACACGUCAGCAUUCCGCGACGUUUUCAACAGGACACUUUGCGGGAAAUUGGAAAUUGUAAUUUAGUAAACUAAAAAGGCCGUAUUGGCAUGUGUUGCAAUGUUAAUAUUUCAUCAUUGAUAUAUAAACUAUCAGACUGCGUGGUCGGUAGUAGUGGGUUUCAGUAGGCCUUUAAAUAAUGUCAUGCGCUGCCUUCCAGAGACGCGUCAAGAUACUUAGUGUGACGUCUCUCGCAGGUGAAGGAUGACGUACAGUUGAGGUUCAAACAAGUGCCUACUCAUGUUUCUCUUGAUGCGUUUUUGUUUGCACCCCCAGCUGGCUAAUGUUUCAUGGUGCAGUAGUUCCUCUAAUGCCUGUCAACUCAGUUCAACCACACAAAACACACAAGCAGCUCUCUCGCAUGACUGCUUUCCAAAAGUCCACAUUUGAACGAGCGCCAGCAGCAGCGCUUUGUAACGUCUUUGUAAACCGGAACAUACACUGCGACUAUUUGCCUUUGACAUGUCUUUCUAAUAAAGUUCUCAUUAAAGCUGAA